AAAGAAUUCAUAGUCACUCCUGUUGAUUACUCCAUCGUCAUAAUGUAUCUCCGUGCCGCACACGCAGACCUCAAUAUUCCCCGUUUACGUCAGUUCAUCAAGCAGAAUCCUUUAGGUUUGCUUGUCUCCUCUAUUCAGUCAGACAAGUAUCCGACGAUACAGUGCACACAUAUUCCGUGGAUCCUCGACCUGGAAGAUGAGUCGAGUGAAGAUGAGUUGGGAAUUUUGCGGGGCCAUAUGGCCAAGAUGAAUCCUCAUACCAAAGCCAUCAUCGACGAAAUUUCUAAAUCUACCGCUGAUGGAUACGGCUUCCUCGGCGAAGAAGUGUCAAUAAUGUUUACUGGGCCGGCGCAUUCAUAUGUCACUCCGCAGUUCUAUAAGGAGACCAAACCCUCGACCGGCAAGGUAGUGCCCACGUGGAACUACUCUGCUGUGCAAGUGUACGGUCGUCUCAAAGCGUACUAUGACUCAAAAUCUUCGACUGUCGACGCCUUUUUACAGCAAGCUGUAGAGGAUCUGAGUGAUUUUGCCGAGAACAGCCUCAAGCAGGGCAGCAAGCCUACACCCUGGAAGGUGAGCGAUGCGCCAGACUCGUAUGUGAGUCUAUUGAAGAAAAAUAUCAUCGGCGUGGAAAUUGAGAUAACGAAACUUGAAGGCAAAUGGAAAAUGAGUCAAGAAAUGAGCAGCGGCGAUAGAGAAGGCGUGAUUGAAGGAUUUGAAGCCGUAGAGACAGAUAAUGGAAAAGAAAUAGCUAGACUAGUUAGGGAGAGGGGUAGGAUGAAGGAUGAAGCUGCUUCUAAGGCUAAGGCAUCGUAAUGCCUGGGGAGAGAUUCAUUAUACUACAUAGACGUACCGGUACAACUACCCUGUAUACACAAUA